AUGGGCAACAUGGCAACAGAGAUUGUUGCCUUCCUCCUGACCAUCUCGGGGUGGAUCCUGGUGUCGUCCACCUUGCCUACAGACUACUGGAAGGUGUCCUCUGUGGACGGGACGGUCAUCACAACGGCUACCUUCUGGUCCAACUUAUGGAAAACAUGUGUGACUGAUUCCACCGGUGUGUCCAACUGCAAGGACUUUCCUUCAAUGCUGGCUCUGGAUGCCUAUAUCCAGGUGUGUCGGGGUUUGAUGAUCACCUCUGUGUGUCUGGGUUUCUUUGGUGCCAUCCUUGCCUUGGUAGGAAUGAAGUGCACGAAAAUAGGAGGUUCAGAGACCACCAAGGCUCGUCUGACCGUCCUCUCUGGCUUCCAUUUCAUCCUCAGUGGCCUCUGCUCCAUGACUGCGUGCUCCAUAUAUGCUCACAGGAUCACAACAGACUUCUUUGACCCCCUCUUUGUUGCCCAGAAGUUUGAGUUGGGAGCAGCUCUCUUCAUUGGCUGGGCUGGAUCUGUGCUGUGUAUCCUCGGAGGACUUGUCUUCUGUCUCUCCCUGUCUGAAGGCUUCAGUAUCAGAGCUGAAUACUCCUACAGUGGAGCUGCAUCAUUUGUGACAACACGCAACAAGCACACCAAGACAGUCAAGAGCCUCCACAAGGAGGCGAGAGAGCCAUCGAAACAGUUUGGAAGAAAUGCCUAUGUAUGA